AUGAAAACUUAUAUAAUUUUAUAUAAUUUAAUUGUAAUAGUUAGCAUUUUUUUAAAAAGGUGUAUAAAUGAAGGACGGAGUACAAGUUAUUUGCCAUUACAUUCAUUUAAAUCUCCAUUUACAGUAAAUGAUUUAAAUAAUGGAUGGAUUUUAAAUUAUUCGGCAACAAGUACAAAUGAAUAUUUAGUGUUAAUACCAAAUGUGUACAACAGAAGAGGAUUAUUUUACCAUGACAAACCAAUUUUAUCAGAUAGUUUACAAAUAGAAUUUACAUUUUAUAUGCAUAAAAAACAAUAUAAAGAAUCAUUAGAUGAUAAAUAUUACCAAAAUGAUGAUAUAAAACAGAUAAAUUAUAAAACAAAUAUUGAAGAGAAAAAUAAAAUUAAUGCUUUUGGCUUAUGGAUACUAGAAAAUGAAUUUUCAAUAAAAACAAGUAAUGAAAAUAAUGAAUUAGAUGAAGAUGAAUUUAUCCUAUAUGGAUUUAAAAAAGGAUUCAAUGGAGUUGGUAUUUUUUUUGAGUUAAAAAGUAAUGAAUUGAUUGUAUCUGGUUUGUUAAACAAUGGGAAUAAUGAUAUAAAUGUAAAUAAUUCAGUUGUAAAAAAUCACAAUUUUGAUUCAUUAGUUUUUAAUAAUUUAAUAACUGUAAAAGUAGUUUUACAUAAAAAUGAAAUUAAUGUUUCCUUUUUUGAUGCAAAACGCUCAGAAUAUAUACAAAGUAUAUUUAUGAAAAAACAAAUUUCUAAAAAAAACUAUAUUGGUUUUAGUGCUUUUAACUUUAAAGAAGAUGAAAAUAUACCAUUAUCGAAUAUAAAUAAAUAUGAGCCCACGUUUGUAGGUAUAAAAGAAGUAUCUAUUUUUAAUAAUUAUACAAAUGAAGAAGAUGAAACAAAUUAUGAUGAUUCCUCGAAUAUUAAGAAUAUAAAAGAUAUAUCUACGAAUGAAUUAAAUAAUUCAGCUAAUGAUAUAUUAAAAGAAUUAUCUCCUCAUAAGGAUCAAAUUAAUCAAACAGAAGCUUUAAAAUCUUUAACAAAAUUAUUUCAAAAAUUCAUGGUAUAUCAAAUAAAUUAUGAAAAAAAAUUAUUACAUAGUAUUGAUAUAAUGAAAGAAAGAAUUCAAAUUAUGCAAUCUGAAUUAAAAUUGAUAAAAAAAAAUUGUACAAAUAAAUCAGAUGAUCCAAAACAUAUUCAAAAAAUAUUUACAACCGAAUUAAGUGGUUUGAAAAAUUUAUUUCACUCACAUACACAACAUCAUAAGAAAAAUAUUGAAGACAUUACCAACAAAUUAACUAAAAAAAUAGAUAAUAACCAAGAAUUAAAAAUGCUAGCUGAAAAAGCAGAAAAAUUAGAAAAUAUAAUUAAUAAAGGAAAUAGUACUACUUAUAUUUUUUCAAUAGGUUUUGCUGGUUUAAUAAUUACAACUCUAAUUUUAAUUUAUAAGAAAAUUAGAGAUGUAGAGAAAAAACAUAUUCUAUAA